UAACAUAUUCACUAUUAACAGAUUUAUGUAAUAUAUUACUAUAUGUUGUCAUCUCCAAAUGACUUAGAUCCGCCAAAGCGUGUCCACCACUUUACUCUCAUUUUUGCUAUUUCGGGGUAGUUUAUCGAAAAUGAAAGUAGGUUUUCAGUUAAUUUCACAAUAAUUGCUGAUCUGGUAGAAUUCAAUUAUAGUUUAUAGGGACAUCAUCUCAUAUGUGGUUGAAAUUUUAAAGGUGCAAGCAAUAGCUCAUUUGCAAGCAUUUCUUAGUUUAUUGGCAAGAUUUAUUCAUGUAUAAGUAUAGAUAUCGGUGACCGCCCAGUAUUCCGACGGUCCGAUAGUCGGACGGUCCGGUAGUCCGACACUCCGAUAGUCCAACACUCCGAUAGUCCGUUAAUUUGUGGACACAUAUAAGAGAUCGCUAUGUAACAGCAGAAAACAGAAUUAAGUGCCGUGUGCCAGAGCAAUUUUUUACGUCACAAUAGCAAAACAUCGCACUGUGGGAAAACUUUGAACGGGUUCGACCUACAUCGGGUACCUGUAAAGUGCGAAACGAAACGAAACGAAAUCUACCGAAACGUAACCCACCGAAACGAGACGAAACCCACCGAAACGAGACGAAACAGAUUGUAUAACCGAAUUCUAUCAAUUAUAAUAAUUAAUAAUGCUGUAUAACCGAACUCUAUUAAUUAUAAUAAUUAACAAUGCUGUAUAACUGAACUCUAUUAAUAGUUUACGCCAGCACCGUUUCCGGUUUUAAAUAUUAGUCACGGUUUAUGGGGGAUACUGAAAACGCUUUAUCAAUUAGACGCUUGAAGUAAACAAUGGUGAAAUAUUGUUGUGUUCCACUUUGUGGUGGUUUUGGGGGUCACAAGUUUCCCACAGAUCAGGAAUUACUCUUGAAAUGGAGGGUAGCGAUCAAACGGAUGGAUAGGAAAACAAAAAAAUUAUGGAACCCAGGAAAAGAAGACGUUGUUUGCCAUAUACACUUCACAGAAGAUGACUACAAAAUCACCGAAUCAGGUGCAACUACUGACAUGUGGUGAACGAAGACGACUUAAGUAUGGAGCUGCGCCCUCUGUUUUUGACUUCAAGAAUACCAGUACUACCCAGGAAUCUGACAGAGCUAAGCGAAAGAGGCUGCGAGAGUCUACUCAAGAUACAUGUACUCCAAUGAUUGAAGACCUGCCCAUAUACAUGUAUAUGGAUGAAUUGAUUGUACAUCAUGAAGUUGUCGUAGAUCAGUCAUCUACAAGUAUGUCCACAUCCAUGCCAGAAGAAAUGUGUUCAACAGCUGAGAAAGAAAUCCAGUGUGACAUACCUACCUUAGGUAGAUUUUCAAUUGAAGUUUGAGCCAAUUAACAAAAGACCUACCUCAACAGCUCGUUGAACCCAAUACUCUGUGAAGGGUCUUUCCAAAUAAUCAUGGUCCAAUACUGCUGCCUAGUGAAACAAAAGGUGUUACAGUUUGUUUGUUAUUAAACACUUUAUUUUAUAUGUGCAGUUUUACCCAUCACUACUUACUGCUUUAGAUUAACAGACUUAUAAUUUUAAAAUCAACAUUUUAUAUGCAUUACUAAUAUAGCUUGCUAUAAGUUCACUAGCGAGAUACU